AUGAUGAAUCAUGAGAAGAGUUGGGCUGCGAUUCUUCCUGGUCUUUGCUUGCCUUGGCCUCAUCCACCUAUCUCUCUCUCUCUCUCACACACACACACAAUUAAUCUUAGCUUUUCCUGGGGUUUCUUGCCUUUUCCGAACCUGAAUUUCUUUUACUUUUAUUAUUCACAUAUAUACUGUAAUUUGCCACCCCGUUCCUCUUUGGUCUGCCACUAUAAUCAUCACCUUCUGUACUAUCAUCUCCACCUACUGAUAUUUUUUCUUUGUAUCCACUGUCUCUCUUUUUUUUAAUCACAUAUAUAGAUAUAUUGAUAGCUACAAAAGGAGAGGGUUAUUGGGUAGUGGGAAGGUUUGAAGAGAAAACAAAACCAUCUUAUUAUUGUCUGUCUGUUCUUUCCAUAUAUAUAUAUAUAUAUAUAUAUUGAAAUAUUGCAUGGUGUGUUUGAUGGAUUCAAGAGAGAUUGGAAAGAUAUAUAUGAAUUGUGUUACAGAGUUGCUCAGACAAGCAAAGCAACAUUUUCAUGGUUAGAUAGCGACUUUGUGAUGAUUAAUCACCCAUCGUAUAUAUAUAUAUAUAUAUAUAUAUAUAUAUAUAUGAUUCCUAGCCAGCCUUCACGAGAUUAAUUUGCUUUUACCACUCAUUGAAUUAUGCCUUAUCUGUGUCUACAUGUCACUGCCACAUGUUCAUCAACUUAGGACUGGCUUUAGUCUGGCUUAGUUGUAUGAUUCUCCCUUAAUUAAUUUCCGUGUUUUUUUCUUCAGAGGAUCCAAAGUGGGUUGUUACAAGUCUAGUAGGGCUUGACUUGGCUUGCUUAUCCAAGAAAUCAAACCAAAUUAAUAUAUAUAAAAAAGAGAGAGAGAUCAGAGUAGUAGUGGGUUGGGUUUUGUUUUGUUUUGUAUUUGUUUUGUUGGAGUCUUCUUUACAGACAAUGUUUUCUGCUACUGUUAUGUCUAACUCAACAACUUCUUUGUCAACUGAGGAAGCAGCUAGUACUGUUUCUUCUGGUACCAGAGUUCAAGACUUUGGUACCAGUUUAAAUCCAAUGCUUUCAACCAUUUCUUCUACACAGGAGCAGCCACAGAAGAUCAAGAAGAAGAGAAACCUCCCCGGAAACCCAGAUCCAGAUGCUGAAGUAAUUGCGCUGUCCCCUAAGACCCUCUUGGCAACCAACAGAUUUGUGUGUGAGAUCUGCAACAAGGGGUUUCAGAGAGAUCAGAACCUUCAGCUUCACAGGAGAGGCCACAAUCUUCCAUGGAAGCUGAAGCAAAGAAACAGCAAAGAGAACAGAAAGAGAGUCUAUGUUUGCCCUGAGCCCACUUGCAUUCACCACCACCCUUCAAGGGCUCUUGGUGAUCUUACAGGAAUCAAGAAACACUUCUGCAGAAAACAUGGGGAAAAGAAAUGGAAGUGUGAGAAAUGUUCUAAGAUCUAUGCUGUUCAAUCAGAUUGGAAGGCUCACUCUAAAACCUGUGGAACAAGAGAGUAUAGAUGUGACUGUGGAACCCUUUUCUCCAGGAAGGAUAGCUUUAUCACCCACAGAGCAUUCUGUGAUGCUCUAGCUGAAGAAAGUGCAAGACAUGUACUAGUCUCAUCAGCUGCAAACCCAACUGCCCAACCCUUCAAUCUACAGCUACAAAACCCACCUCUCUUUCCUUUCUCAACCCAACAACACUUCCCAAACCCACAAAUGCACAUCUCCCUCACCUCUUGGGACCACCCACCUCAAAACCCUAACCCUAACCCUAACCCUAAUCCUAAUCCACUUCAUAUCAAGCCUGAAUUCAUCCACCUCUCUAUCCCACCACCACCAAUACCCAUGUCUUCACCAUUUCUCCAACAAUCUACUAAGCCCCUUCAGAUAUCCUUCCAAAACCUCAAUGCCACUACACAACCACCCACCUCAAACGCUGCCACCUCAGCUCACCUCUCAGCCACUGCACUCCUCCAAAAGGCUGCCACAGUUGGCCACGUGGCAUCCACAAUGACUCAUCCGUUGGGCCACAUGGGCGGCACCGGAAUGGCGCCGGAGUACCUGGGCUACACGUCUGGAGAUCUUGCCACGUGGCAAAAGACUGAUCGCCUGACCAGGGACUUUCUGGGUUUGACAGCUGAGAGUGGUGGAAGUGGUGGAGUUGGUAAUGGAAAUACUAUUGAUGCCAAUGCUAAUGCUAACCUGAACCUGAGGAAUAUGCUAUCAUUCACAGGAGGCGUAGAGUUCCCAGCAUAUGACCCUGACAAUGACCACUCACUGUUGAAGCCGCAAGGCUUUGGUUUUGCUGAGGCUGCCUCGGAGACCUGGGGGAAUUGUUAAGUGUGUAAUCCGUGCAGACAGAGACAACCCAAAUCCAGAGAGAGAGAGAGAGAGAGAGACUUUUGCCAUAGCAUUUCUGUUUUUCCUUCUUGUUUCUUAAAUUAAAAUGCUUAUUAACUAGAAGGGUUUUAUUGGGAUUUGCAGCAUUAUAUGUUUCUUUUUGUUUAAAAA